GGGGAGCCCGUGCGAAAGAGGACUACAGCUCCCGGCGGCCCCUGCGGCGCAGCUCGCCCCGGCCGAGGGUAGCCGAGCAUGUUGCGCUGCACGUGGGGCGGCGGGGCGCGGGCCUGGGGCCCUCCGCGAGCGUGGAGCUGGCGGGCACGAAGCGCGCCCCCGGCGGAGGCGCCGCGGCGGGCGGGCGAGCGCGGGGCGCGGGCUCCGUUCCCGCUCGACACCGACGUGCCCCGGGAUGUGGUGCUGUUCCAGCAUGACCGGCGCCGCUUUUUCCGGCUCCUCGGCCUCUUCUGCGCCUGCCAGUUCUCCUUCUGGGCGUACCUGGCGCACUUCGCCUUCCAUUCCUUGCGGGACACCGGGGCGCAGCGGCCGGAGCCGGAGCCGGAGCAAGCGGAGCGUCCCCCGCCUUCUCCCCUGGGAGGAGCGUCGCUAAACUUGGGCUCCAGCAAGUGGCGCUUCGGCUUCACCGCCUGCUGCCUCACCGUGGGUUCUCUGAUCUUGGUGGCAGGCUUUGUUUUUUCUCGACGCUCCAUAGGUCGGGUGUUGCUCCACCGUGGUGCUCAGGAGGUGACCCUGACGACCUAUUACCCCUUUGGGUUCACCUCGUCCUUCACAGUACCCCUUCGCCAAAUCUCCUGCAUGUCUCACCGUUCGAUGGUGCCCGCCAUGAUCCCGCUCAAGGUCAAGGGGAGACGCUUCUAUUUCUUGUUGGACAAACAAGGACAGAUCACCAACACGAAGCUUUUUGACAUCACUGUCGGUGCCUACCGCUCACUGUGAGGCCGAAUGCUGCCAGAGAAGAAGCCCUGAGGCCGCCACAGAGCGGAGGCAUAAACAAAGAAUGCAUUAAAUCCCAACAGCUGGAUUUCUGCCACGGCUAGGAGUGGCUCUUAAAUAGCUCCUGAGCUCUUCCACGUCUCGUAAAAACAGUUAAUUCAUCUUGCAAGUGGGAACUGUGCAACAAUGGCUGAGAUUGCACAAGACCUUGGUCAUAUAUCCUGCAAGUUGUACUGAAUCCUGAAUUGCUUUGUGAAUUAAAGCACAUAGAAAACCA